UGGCACCAUAUUACUUCGGAGGUGAACCCGGAAGUUGAAGCAUUCGCGCGCUGCUGCUCCGCAGAUCCGUAUUUACUCCUCCAGGUGAAUGUGCAGAUUUCUAAUCAGUGUCCUUUCUUUUCUGAACUACUCGGUUAAUUAGAUUCGGAGUUGUGCUGAGCUGUUUCAAGCCUUCUGUUUUUAGACCACAUCCAGGGCACCAGGUGGAUGGAUAGACGCUGCUGACUAGUCUGUUCUUCUCUUUCUACAGUUGGAUAUAUCUUUGGGUUUCAUUAAAAAAAAAAAAAAAAAAAAAGACACCCAACUUAAACCUCUUGAAGCUACUUUAAAAUACGUUGCAGAUAUAUUUAUUUAGUUUCAAAAAACCUUCAAGCAGUGACAAAUCGAACUAAAAUCCUAAAAAACACAUCGACUUAAAUGCGCAAUUUGCUCUAAAUUAAGAAUUUUAAGAUAUUUUUCUGUUUGAAAUACGAGUACUUGAGACAGAGUGUUUGAAAAUUUUAGCAACAAACGUGAGUACAACAAAGUUUUGUCUUGUUGAUCUGAAUAAGAGAUUUCCGUAUGCUUAUUACCACAUCCUGAUAGUGAUAUCUGUUCUUUUUUAAACGUGUUCUCGCAGACUCUGUAUUCUGUAUAAGUUGGCUAAUAAAGGCAUCUACCUAAUCAACCACCGAAGUUUAUAUUUUGAGAGGGGAAAUCUUAUCAGCAAGAUUUAGGACCAUAAUGGAAUAGUAUUUCUCAUUAUGAAGCAUGCCCAUAACAUUUGCUGACAAUGGCAUCAUCGAAAGUAAGUCGUGAAAAGUGCAAAAGGAGUGGGUCCUUCCAGAAAAAGGAACCACCUCCUCCACCUCCUGAUGAUCAUCUCAUUCCGGAUGUCAAACUGGACGAUUUUGAAAUGCUCAAGACUAUAGGUACAGGUACAUUCGGCCGUGUAGUCCUAUGCCGCCGGAAGAAAGACGGACGGUACUAUGCAAUGAAAAUCCUCGAGAUCGCAGAUGUCAUCCGGUUGAAGCAGGUAGACCACGUUAAGAACGAAAAGGCCCUUCUAGUCCAAGUCCAGCAUCCUUUUAUCAUCGAAUUGUUAUGGACGCAUCACGACAGCAACUGCCUCUACAUGUUGUUCGAAUACGUUUGCGGUGGCGAAUUGUUCACAUACCUACGCAAUGCCGGUCGCUUCUCGAGCAGCACUGCGCAGCUGUACGCAGCUGAAAUAGUCCUUGCUUUGGAGUACCUUCACAAGUUGUCCAUUGUGUACCGAGAUCUCAAACCGGAAAACCUCCUAUUGGACAGAGAUGGUCAUCUAAAGAUCACAGAUUUUGGAUUCGCGAAGAAACUUCAUGACAAAACAUGGACCCUCUGUGGAACUCCGGAAUAUCUUGCACCAGAGAUCAUCCAGAGCAAAGGACACAACAAAGCCGUUGAUUGGUGGGCGUUAGGCAUUCUCAUCUACGAAAUGCUAGCAGGGUUUCCUCCAUUUUUCGAUGAUAAUCCUUUUGCAAUAUAUGAGAAAAUACUGGCUGGGAAAAUAGACUGGCCGAAGCACAUUGAUCCUGUUGCCAAAGACUUAAUAAAGAAGCUUUUAGUACCUGACCGAGCGAAAAGACUCGGAAAUAUGAAACACGGAGCUGAUGACGUCAAAAGGCAUCGAUGGUUUAAGAAUAUUUCUUGGGAAGAUGUGUAUUACAAGAAAGUUCAGACACCUCUUGUACCAAAAGUAAGCCAUCCAGGAGAUACCCGCUAUUUUGAUAAUUAUCAGGAGAAAAAGACUAAACCAACAACCCCAGUCAAAGAGAGAGACUUGCUGUUGUUCAAGGACUUCUGAUUUCCAUAAAGUAGUGCUUGGAUUUUUCAACAUGAAUACUGCAGAUGCUCUAUGCCUUUAAUCUACAAUGUUGAAUUAAAACAUGAUCUUCAUUUCCACUAAUGAAGGCUUUUUUUUUUUACAAAGUCCUUGGAAUUUGAAGAUGGAUGAAUGGUAUACUUCCUCAGAAUAUUUUCCUAGUGAAAAAAAUAUUCUGCAAGUAUAAUUUUUAUGAAGAAACUAAUUAAUUAUUUUCAGAAAAGAGAAAAAAUUCCAGAAAUGACUAAAUUCAGAACAAUUGAAUGCAAGCUGGUACAACUGUUUGAACAUGAAGGAUAGUCUCUCACAAACAGUAAUACUUGCUGGGAACUGUCUUAUAAUAUAAAAACGAAGACAGCCUGAUGUACUGAUAAAUACAGACCAGUAGACAUUAUCGAGUUUAAGAAAAAUCUAUUUUAAAGUAAUUUUAUAUUUCUAUAUAAGCACAGAAAGAUUUAUCAACAUUUGUUUAUAUGCAUGUACGAAUUUCAAGAGAAACUAUUAAAUAAUGGGUCAUUUUUUAAAAAAACUUCACACUGAUCUUUUGUCAGAUACUAUGAAAAAUUUCCCAUUGAUCAAAGGUCAAAAAAAAAAAAAAAAAAAAAAAAAAAAAAAAAAUCUCAUCCAGGAGGAGUUAGUGCUUUUGGAAAUGCCUUGAAAUACAAAUAUUUUUAUUCUUUCUGAUUUUAUAACUGGUAAGUUCACAGACCAUUAUGCAAUAAGCACUUGAGUUCGGGCAGUCUGGAGAAUAACGAUACUGCUGAAUUCAUGAACUAAGUGUAGUAAUUGCAUACUGUUGCUAAAUCACAAAACUGGAAUGCAUACUUUAUAAAAAGUAUAUACAUUUAUAUAUACUUUAUCUAUUUAUAGAAACAUUGACUUUUGUUUUCCCUGGCAAAAGAAGCAUAAUUAUUCUGUAUUCACACAGUACUUUUUUCCGAACAUCUGCAUUAAUACAAAAAGCUCAAAAGCUUUGUUAUGAACACAUACUAAAAAAAAUGCAAGUAAGCUAUAUAUUAUGCACAAUACUGAAAAAAUAUGCACUUAAAACUGGAAAAUGCAGUAACAUUAAUAAGUUACAUUUUGUACAUGUAACAAUUAAUGGUAGAGAAUUUAACUUUAAAAACUCUUAUAUAUGUUCCUUGAUUUGAAUGUGCAAUAUAAGUUUUUAUAUUAGUUAUAUAUGUAUACUUGAGAGAAAAUGUGCAUAUUUGACAAAUAAAUCUUUAUUUCUAUAUACCUAAACCAGAAAGACA